AAUUAAUUUUAACAUAAUUUUUUAUUGUGAUAUAUACAUACGUAUGUAUAUAUAUUUUUUUAAACAAAUUUUUAACCAAUUUAAUUAGAAAAUUUAAUUCUAAGUUUGCAAGAUGAAUAAGCAAUAAGAGUAGUUGAUCUGAUAAUUAAUUUUUUUUAAUCCUGCCAAUGACAAUGACAAGCGAUUAGUUUUUUUUUUUUUUUUUUUUUUAAAUAAAUAACCGUCCACGUUGUGCCUCUGUAAGAGAUGAUUUAUAAAAAUUGUUAUUGAAAAUUACUAAAAUUACUAAAAUUAAAUAUUUUUAAAUUUUUUAUUGUCAAGCAAUGAUGGCUAGAGAUUUUUUUUUUCUAAAUUAAUUAUUAACAUUGUAAAUUAAAUAAUAAUAUUUUUAUUUUUUAUUUUUGCCUAUUAGUAAAUUAAUUUUAGAUAAAUAAUUUAUAAAAAUUACAGCAAUAACAAAUAGCAAUUUUAAAAUAUAGAAAAAAAAAAAAAUCAAGUAUUAAUUGCAAUUAAUAAUAAAUAAAUUGUAAUUUUUUUUUUUUUUAUUUUUUUCAUUAUUAAAUGAAUUAUAUAAUUUUAUAUAAAAAUCAUAUUUGUUAUGAAAAAUUUUACCCUGUUUUUAAAUUGAAGAAAAAAAAUUUUCCAUGUAAAUAAUAAAAUUAAUUAUUUUCUAAAAAUGUGAUUUUUUUUUUUCUAGCUAAAAGCUAUUUAAAGUGCCUAUUAUUGUAAUAUUUAAAUUUUAAUUAUACAUAUCUUUUAGGCAUUGUGAAAAUUUUGUAGAAUUUUUUUUAUAUAUAUAUUUAAUUUUGCUUUAAAGCUAUUAUUAUUAUUAUUAUUGGUUAAAGUAACAUGUGAAUACUAUGUAAGAAUGACGUUGAAGGUGAUUAUUAAUAAAAGUAAAUUUUUUCUCAUAGUUUACACGUGGAUCAUAACAUUUGUGUCCUUGUUAUUAGUGUGCCUUCAAAUUGACAAUAAAUAUAGUUAGUCACAACGAAAUUUGACUCAAAAUCUUCAACAUCUUUUGAGCUAUUAAAAUAUUAAUUUAUAAUUGUUAAUAUUAAAAAUUAAAAAUAUAUUUUAAUCUGAUAAUUGUAAAGGUGAAAUGUCGGGAAUUGUGAAUGGAGCUGUUGGACAUAUUGUUGGUGUUGGAAUUCAAGUUGCAGUUGGUGGAAUUCCAAUAUCACCAAAUGCUGAAAAAGCACUUGAUCUAAUGAGAAAUGUUGGUUUACCUGUACCAGCUAAAAAUUGGUUUACACCAAAAAAUGAUAAAAAAUUAAAUUCAGAUAAUAAAAAUAAUGUUGAAAAUGAAAUAUUAGAAAUUUAUGAUAAUGCUGCUGCUGAUAUUCGUCAAGUUGUCAAGUGUCUGUCUCCAGCAAUGGCUGAAAUUAAACAAGCCAUUAAAAAUAGAAGCAAAUCAGCUGAGCCAAUUUUAGAAAAAUCUAAAAGUUCUGCAGUUUUUUAUUCAUCAUCACAGCAGCAUGUAUCACCAUGUAAUAAUAAUUAUUAUUACUCAUCUCAAGUUGAACGUGAAAAAUCAAUGAAAAGUUAUGAGGAAAAAUUCAAGCCAGUUAAAAAAUGUCCAGUACAUGAUCAGACAAAUGAAUCAUCAAAACAAUCAAAGGAAAAACGAAAUUGCUCAAAAUCAACAACUCAAAAAAUAUGCAGCAAGGUAUCCAAGCAAAAAAAAUUAACUCAAGUUCAAUUGAAAAAUUGCUCAAAAUGUGGUGUUCAUGUUGAUGUUGUUAAAAUGUUGGGAAUGUUGAUUUGUGGACAUUAUCUUUGUCCUGAUUGUAUUCCUAAAAAUAAUUUUACACAUUGUCCAAUAUGUAAGAUAGUAUUGGUUGAGAAAAAAAAAUAAUAAUUAAGUCUAUUUAUAAAUUGUAAGUUUGUUUUGAAUUUUUUCAAAUUUUAUUUUUCAACUGUAGCUUAAAUUAAAUUUUAUUUAAAUUAAAUUUCAUUAGAAAAAAUUAAUUCAUUUAUUGUAUUUUCUAAUUUAAUAAAUAAAAGAGAAUAUUUUUUUUUUUUUAAAUAAAUAAAUAAGUAAAUUAUCAAAUAAACAAUUUUUCAUAUUAAUAAUAUUAUAAAUUAAAUUUUUUUAAUCUUGCAAUUAGCACCACCACUUAUCUAACCACUCACUUAAAAUUUUUUUUAAUCAUUAAUAAUUUAAAAUAAAAAAAAACCAUCUCUAAAAUAAAUAAAACUGUAAACUUUUUUCGAUUUUUUUUAUUCUUCAUAUUAAACAAAUACAUUAUACAAAAUUUUAUAUUUUUUUUUUUCAUAUAAAUAUCAUUAAAAAAAAAAAAAGUUUUAAACAAAUCUUCAAAACAAAAUCAACAGUCUUUUUCAAACAGUAAUAAUAAAGAAAAAAGCUUAAUAAUAAAUGCAAAAUAAAGAUCUAAGGAUAAUAUUUUUUUUUUUCAAUUUUUAAAAUUAAUCUUUCAUUAAAAAAAAAAAAACUUUAUUAAAGUUACAAGUUAAAAGACCAAAAUUAAAAAUACUAUCAUCUCAUCGUCAUCAUCAUUAUUUAUUGAAUACAAAAAACAAAAAAAAAAAAAAU